AUGGUCGUCAUUCUGGUGACCCCAGGCCAGGCCCGCAUGUCAGAAGCCUCGGACGGCACUGCAAAGCGGCGGUCCAGCCGCCACCCCAGCUCGGACGCCACACUCGCGGACGUCCGGUGCCGCUUCUGGGUCCGGAAGAAACUCGCGCUGAUCUCAGCAGAGGCGCUGUGGCGCGACGAGGAGCACGGCCCGGUGGUUGAUGAGCUCAUAAGAAGCUCGGGAAGGUUCUUCGCAUUUGUUGAUGGACAAGGCGCUUUGCGGUGCCAGCUGGAGCCACCUGGUGCAUUUUCAGAGAUGCUGUAUUUGGUACGGGAAGGCGCGGGCGAGGUGGCGCAUGAGAAGCUGGACGCGCUUGUGCAGUGUGGGGUCAUCAGGGGGGACCCGAUGGAGUCGCUUCUGAGCGCAAUGCAGAGCUUGUAUGUGCCCAAUCUGCUGGGGAACAAGAGCUGGCCCGACAGUCUCAUGAAGGAGUUCUCCAGCCAGCUACACAAGUUCAUGGCCACCCUGACCGACGCCCACUUCCAGGCCAAGGGCAAGACCGUGUUGUACAUCCCCACCCGGGGCAAGCUCCCGGGUCCCGGACAGGAGUACACCGACGCGGACGCUAAGGACAAGGACCUCGUCCAGCAACUAGAGUCGACACUGAUCCACUGGACGCGCCAGAUCAAAGAGGUGGUAAACAACCAGGACAAUUCCGAGAUUGGGGAGGACGCGGGGCCGCUCGCAGAGAUCGAGUUCUGGCGCAGCCGCAGCAUAGACCUCAGCGGAAUCCGUGCACAGCUGGACCAGAAGGGCGUUCUCUCGAUCGUGGGCAUCCUCGAGCAAGCAAAGAGCAGCUAUCUAGGCCCCUAUCUCAACCUGUCCGCGCUGAUCCAACGAGAAGCGAUUGCGGCCGAAGACAACCUCAAGUUUCUCCAGUGCCUGGAAGAGCCGUGCAAGCUGCUUGCGAAAGCGGCCCCCCGGGACAUCCCCGCCCUCAUGCCCCGGUUGCUGAACACAAUCAGAAUGAUCUGGAACGUCAGCCGGUUCUACAAUACCCCGGAGAAGGUCAUGGGACUGCUGCGCAAGGUCAGCAACGAGAUCAUCGCACGCUGCUGCUUCACCAUUUCCCUCAAAACCCUCUUCGACGGCGGCGUCGACACGUGCCGCGCCGCGCUCCAGGAAAGCAUCGCGGCCGGCGAAGCCUGGAAGCGCGCCUUCCAAACCACCCAAACCCUGAUCGCGGCCGCCGUCGCGACCGCCCGCGCGGGGCCAUCCCUAGCCGCGCGCGCGCCGAUUGCUGGGACGCCGAAGUCGACAAUCUCCAUGGCGGGUUUCGGCGCGCCGUCGCCGAACGGCGCGGCCGCGGCCGCGGCGCUCCAGCCGUGGGACUUCGAGACGAGCGGAAUCUUUGCGCACGUGGACGCGUUUAUGCAGCGGUGCCGCGACCUGUUGGAGGUGUGCGACGCGCAGGCGCAGUUUGCGGGGCGGGUGGAGAUGCCCGCGUUCGGCGGCACGCGCGGGCCCGAGAUCAGCAAGAGCCUCGUCGACAUCCAGGCCGCGUUCCAGAAGCUGAUUGCCAACCUACGAGGCCUGGAUUACAACAUCCUGGACGUCAAAGUGACGCGCUGGCACGACGACUUCAACGCUUUCAAGGGCGCCGUCAAGGACUUGGAGGUGUUGAUGCAAAACGUGAUAAACCUCGCGUUCGAGAGCGCGGGGUCGCUGGGCGCGGCCGCGGAGGCGCUCGACGCGUUCCAAACCCUGGCGAAGCGCGACGCGAUCGUCAAGUGCGUGGAGCGCAAGACGAGCGAGGUGUACACUGCCUUUCUUUCCGAGCUGUCCCUCGUGAAGAAGCAGUUCGACCAGCUCCGCCGCAAACCUCCCGUCGACAAAACCCUGCCGCGCUACGCGGGCGCGGCCAUGUGGGCGCUCGGCCUCCAGCGGCGAAUCGCGCGCCCGAUGGCGCACUUGAACGAGAUUGCGCCCCUGCUCGCGCGCGCGCCCGAGCUCGCGGAGCUCCAGACCCAGCAAGGCCAGGUCGUGGCGGCCAUCGAGCAGUUCAUCAAGAACCAGCACCUGGAGUGGUUCAACCAGGUGGGCCCCGAGGUGCCGAAGCGGCUGGAGAACACGCUGAUCGUGCAGGACGCCGCGGACGGGGGCCUCGUCGUCAACUUCGACCGGACGCUGCUCAACCUCUUCCACGAGGUGCAUUACUGGGAGCGGUUGGGGCUGGAGAUCCCGUACGUGGCCAUGGAGAUCGCGGGGCAGCGCGAGAAGUACCGCGUGCUGCGCGAGAACGUGCUGCUCGUCGUGCGCGACUACAACAAGAUUCUGGGCAUGCUCAACGGCGAGGAGAAGCGGCUGUUUGUGGACCGGAUCCGGUACCUCGACAAGAAGAUCAGCCCGGGGUUGAACAAGCUGAACUGGAUCGCGGCCAAGAACCAUCUGGAGUACUACGUGAAGGAGGCGCGGCGGUUCUGCGCGGAGGUGGAGGCGACGGUGGGCGAGUUCAAGGCGAGCAGCGCGCGCAUCCAGCAGCUGUGCAAGGGCAUCGGCGAGACGCUCGUGGUGCACGUCGAGAAGAAGAAGGUCUACGAGAGCGGCGAGUUCGAGGCCAAGCAGAAAGAGCACCGGCAGGGCGUGCGCGCGCGCUUCGAGGGCGCGAUCGCGGACAUCAAGCGGACGAUGGAGUCGAUGGCGGACGUCUUCGCGGGCGACUCCGACGACGUACACGCCGAGUGGGUCAAGUACACGCACAAGGUGGACAAGCUGAUGGAGGACGCCCUGCGGCAGACCGUCAAGCGCUCCCUCCAGGAGCUCUCUCGGGCUCUCAACGGCGACGCAAAGACUGACGUCACGCCCAUUUUCAACACUCUGGUCGCCCUCGAUCGGUCCACGGGGAAAGUGGAGCUGCGGCCGUCGCUGCCCGAUCUAGUUGACAUGAUCCACGCCGUCUGCCGGGAGUCGAUAACGGUCAUCACCGUCAUUCCGAGGCUGGCGGAACCGUUACCACAGGAUCCGAAUGCGGCGGACCUGAGCGGACCCGGGCCGCUGUCUAGUUUCUACGAGUUGAUCUCGACCGACGAGGACACGACGCUGAAAGUGAUCGUGGCGAUCACGUCCGGGAUGUCGGGCGUGGCGGAGAAGGUGCAAGGGUACCUGGGGUACUGGGAGAAGAAGUACAAGCACAUCUGGGAGCAGGACAAGGAGGCCUACAUCCGAAGAUACGAGAAAGCGAAGAAGCCGCUGUCGGCCUUCGAGGCAGAUAUCCAAAAGUACAAGGACUUGACCGACGAAAUCGCGGGGGAGGACUCGAGCGCCACCAUGCGUUUCCUGCGCGUCGAAUGCGGCCCGCUCAAGCAGGCGAUGACGCAGCACUGCGAGCAGUGGACCUCCAAGUUCACGGCGCUCCUCAACUCGCUCGCGCGCGCGGAGCUGGAGUCGUUGCAGGCGUACUUCGCGGGCAACACGACAGCCCUGAGCGCGCCACCUGUCAACCUGGACGUGCUCGCGGAGAGCGUGAACCUGUGGAAGAAGCUGGUGGAGGAGCGCGCGAGCGUGGAGGCGCGCUUCGAGCCGCUGCAGGACAAAUACAAGACGCUCGAAAAGUUCGAGGUCUCCCUUCCCGAGUCGGAGCUCGCGGCGCUCGCGCGCCUCCCGAGCGAGUGGGCGGCUUUCCAGGCGACCCUGCAAAGCACCGAACGGGACAUCGAGGUCGCCAAGGACAACUUCCGGGAGAAGCUGGUCAAGAUCGUCGACGGCUUCGUCAAGGACGUGGCCGAGGCGCGCGCGGACUUCGGCGCGCGCCUGCCCACGUCGGCCGACGUCAGCGUGGAGGAGGCGCUGCGGUUCAUCGCGGAGGAGAAGGCCAAGGUUGAGGCGAACCAGCGGCGCGCCAAGGAGCUCAAGUCGGGUAUGGACAUUUUCGCGAUCGAGCAGCCCGCGUACAAGGAGACCGCCGCCACGCUGAAAGACCUGGAACUUCUAGAGGGCAUCUGGGGCCUAAAGAAGGAGUGGCAGGACUCCUAUAGCUCCUGGAAGGACGGCCAGUUUAAGGCGCUCGACGUGGCGGCCAUGGAGGCGGCCGCGCAGCAGUGCAGCAAGCGAGUCACCAAGCUCGGGCGCGACAUCAAAACGUGGUCCGUGUGGAGCGACAUCCGCGACACGAUCGACGCGUUCAAGAAGACGAUGCCGCUUAUCAUCGACCUGCGCAACCCCGCCAUGCGGCCGCGGCACUGGCAGCAGCUCAUGGACGCCGUCGGCGCGCAGUUCGACCCCAACUCCGCGGCUUUCACGCUCGCCAAGGUGACGGAGCUGCGGCUGGACAUGCACGCGGAGCUGGUGGGCGAGCUGAGCACCAACAGCAGCAAGGAGAUGGCCAUCGAGCAGUCGCUCGCCGCGAUCGCGGCCGCGUGGACCGACCUCGUGCUGGAUAUGGUGCCGUACAAGGAGACGCACAAGGGCGUCUACAAGCUGCGGGGCACGGAGGACGUCUUCGCGGCGCUGGAGGACAACACGGUAACACUGUCCACCAUGAAGGCCAGCCGCUUCUACCUAGCGUUUGAGAAGGAGCUGACGUACUGGGAAAAGUCGCUCGCCCACGUGUCCAACACGAUUGAGAUGAUCCUGCAAGUGCAGCGCCAGUGGAUGUACCUGGAAAACAUCUUUGUGGGCAGUGAGGAUAUUCGAAAACAGCUGCCCGGAGAGUCGGCCAUGUUCGACUCCGUUAACACCGCGUUCGUCGAGGCGAUGAAGGGCCUGUAUGAGACCAAGAACGUGCUCAAAGGCACGACGGCGCCGGGGCUGCUGGAGGGCCUGAACGACAUGGACGGAAAACUAGAGCGGAUCCAAAAGUCGCUCGAGAACUACCUGGAGAAGAAGCGGCAGCAAUUCCCGCGCUUCUACUUCCUCUCCUCCGACGACCUGCUGGAGAUCCUGGGCCAGGCCAAGGACCCGCUCAACGUCCAGCCGCAUCUCAAGAAAUGUUUCGAGGGGAUCAAGAAGCUGGAGAUGCACACCCCCGGCGCGGACGGGCGGCGCCACACGGAGGCGACCGGCAUCUUCUCCCCCGACGGCGAGUACCUGCCGUUUUCGUCCCCGGUGAUCACCGAGAGUCGCCCGGAGGAGUGGCUCAACAAAGUGGAGGCGGCCAUGUUCGCGACGACCAAGAAGCACCUGUUUAAAACGUUAGAGGAGAGCCGCGGGAGCAAGAAGGAGAAGUGGCUCAAGGACAACCCGGGCCAGUGCGUUAUCACGGCGGGCCAAAUCGUGUGGACUAACGAGUGCGAGCGCGCGCUCGCGGACCCCGAGAACAGCCGCGCCGCGCUGAAGCUGCUGAAGAAGAAGUGGGUCAGCUACCUCAACAAGCUGACGGCCGUCACGCGCAGCAAGCUCUCCAAGAUCGACCGCCUCAAGACGGUGUCGCUGAUCACGAUCGAGGUGCACGCGCGCGACGUGAUCGAAAAGCUGGGCAAGGUCUUGUCGGUGUUCGUCUACGGUUACGAGUAUCAGGGCAACAACGGUCGUCUGGUCAUCACCCCCCUGACGGACAGGUGUUACAUGACACUGGGAGCCGCGCUCUUCACCAGACGAGGCGGCAAUCCGCUGGGCCCCGCCGGAACCGGGAAGACAGAGACCGUCAAGGACUUUGGAAAGGCUCUCGCGAGGUACGUGAUCGUGUUCAACUGCUCGGACGGCGUGGACUACAAGAUGACGGGCAAGAUGUUCUCGGGGCUCGCGCAGACGGGCGCCUGGGCCUGCCUCGACGAAUUCAACCGUAUUGAGGUCGAGGUGCUCUCCGUGGUGGCUUCUCAGAUCUCGUGCGUCAUGGGCGCCAUCAAGGCCGGCGUUCCGCGCUUCGUGUUCGAGGGGACGGAAAUCCGGCUCAUCCCGACGUGCGGAAUCUUCGUGACCAUGAACCCCGGCUACGCCGGACGGUCCGAGCUGCCGGACAAUUUGAAGGCCAUGCUGCGUCCGGUGUCCAUGAUGGUCCCCGACUUUACGCUGAUCGCGGAGAUCAUGAUGUUCUCCGAGGGCUUCCAGUCCGCCAAGAUCUUGGCCAAGAAGAUGAUUGCGAUCAUGGAGCUGAGCCAGCAGCAGCUGUCGAAGCAGGACCACUACGACUACGGCCUGCGCUCCUUCGUCAUCCCCAUCAGCCGCGCCGCGGGCGCCAUGAAGCGGACGGACCCGGACGCGUCCGAAGAGGUGAUCAUGUACCGCACGAUGAAGGACCUGAUCAUGCCCAAGCUGGUGUACACCGACCUGCCGCUCUUCAUGAGCUUGCUUUCCGACCUGUUCCCGGGGGUCGAGAUCGCCGCUGUGGACGGGGGGGCACUCCGGAGAGCGCUCGAGGAAGAGCUGCUCGCCGCGGGGCUGCAGGUCGUGCCUGCGUUCGUCACCAAAAUCAUUCAGAUCUACGACUGCAAGGUCGCCCGCCACGGCAACAUGAUCGUGGGCAAGACCGGCUCCGGCAAGUCGGAGGCCUGGAAGUGCCUCACGCGCGCGAUGGCGCGCCUCAAAAAAGAAGGCCUCGAAGACUUCGAGCGCGUCCACGUAUACCCCAUAAACCCGCUCGCGCUCAGCAACAACGAGCUGUACGGGGCCUUUGACGAGGCGACGCACGAGUGGACGGACGGAAUCCUCGCGCGCAUCAUGCGCGAGGUGUGCAAGGACGAGAGCUCGGACCAGAAGUGGAUCCUGUUCGACGGGCCGGUGGAUACGCUAUGGAUCGAGAGCAUGAAUACGCUGCUGGACGACAACAAGCUGCUGACGCUGCUGAGCGGGGAGCGCAUAUCCAUGCCGGCGCAGGUAUCCAUUCUGUUCGAGGUGGAGGACUUGUCUCAGGCAUCCCCGGCCACAGUCUCCCGGGCGGGCAUGAUCUACCUCAACGUGGAGGACCUCGGCUGGUGGCCCUACGUGACGUCAUGGCUCCAGAAGAAGCAGGCCGCCGGCGCGGACCAGGUUCUAGUGGACACGCUCAAGCGCAUGAUGGAGAAGUACGUCGAGGCCACGUCCGAGUUCCGCCGCCGCGAGUGCCGCGAAACCGUGCCCAUCGAUAGGCUCAACGGAGUCGUCUCCCUCUGCACGCUUUUCGACGCGCUCGCGACGGCCGAGAACGGCGUCGCGGCCGUGGAGGGCGAUCACUACGUGCCGAUGAUCGAGCUGUGGUUCCUGUUCAGUCUCAUCUGGAGCUUGGGCGCGAGCGUGGACGAGGACGGGCGCAAAAAGUUCGACAUGUUCCUCAAGGAGCAGGACGCGCGCUUCCCGACGUCCGAGACGGUGUACGAAUAUUUCGUGGACCCGAAGCGCCACGGGUGGGCCCCCUGGGAAGAGAAGCUGUCCGCCAACUUCCGGCCCGCGCCCGACGCGCCCUUCUUCAAGAUCGUCGUCCCGACGGUCGACACGCGGCGUACGGAAUACGUCCUGCGCGCGCUCGUGCUCGCGAACAGGCACGCGCUCGUCGUCGGCAACGUGGGCGUCGGCAAAACCCUGAUCGUGCAGGGGGUUUUAGGCGCGCUCCCCGAGGGCCGCGCCGCGAUGACGAUCAACUUUAGCGCCCAGACUAGUUCAAAUAGUCUGCAGGACACGAUCGAGGGACGGUUAGAAAAGCGGACGAAGGGGGUGUUUGCGCCCGCCGGGGGGAAACGGCUAGCGUGCUUUAUUGAUGAUCUGAACAUGCCGAAGAAGAGCCAGUUCGGGUUCAUGCCGCCGCUGGAGUUGUUGAAGCUGUGGGUGGACAACGGGUUCUGGUACGACCGGCAGAAGCAGGAGGUGAAGCAGAUCAAGGACAUGCAGCUCCUGGCGGCGAUGGCCCCCCCCGGCGGCGGCCGCAACGCGUUCAGCCAGCGCGUGCAGGCGUGCUUCUCGCUCGUAAACGUGACCGCCCCGAGCGACGCGCAACUGAAGCGCAUCUUUGGGACCAUGGUCAACGCCAAGCUCGCCGACUUUGCUGACGACAUCAAGCCCAUGGGUGACGCACUCACGCAGGCGUCGAUCGAGGUGUACAACACGAUCACGGCGGAGCUGCUGCCGACGCCCAGCAAGAGCCACUACCUGUUCAACAUCAGGGACCUGGCAAAGGUGGUACAGGGCCUCCUGCAGGCCUCGCGCGGCUACUACGACAGCAGGGAGUCCAUGCUCCAGCUCUGGUGCCACGAGUGCUUCCGCAUUUUCGGCGACCGCAUGUGGGACAAGGGCGACAAAGCAUGGCUCCAGAACCAGCUCAACGGUCGCCUCAUCGCCGCCUUUUCCACCGACUGGAAGGCGAUCAACGGGGACGGGGCCAUGCAGCCGUUCGUCAGUUUCAUGCGACCGGUAGAGAAUCCCCCGUACGAACCGGUCGCAGAUUUCCCGGCCCUGAAAGAGGUGCUCCAGACUAAGAUGGAAGACUACGGACUAGAGCCCGGGGCGAAAGUUAUGGAUUUGGUCUUGUUCCGAGACGCGCUGGACCACGUGUGCCGGAUCCACCGGGUGCUCAUGCAGCCACGUGGCAACGCGCUGUUGGUCGGCGUGGGCGGGAGCGGGCGGAAGAGCCUGGCGCGGCUGGCGGCAUACGUCGCAGAGCUCAAGGUGUUCAGCAUCGAGAUCGUGAAGAACUACCGGGCGACCGAGUUCCACGAGGACCUCAAGACGCUGUAUCGCCAGGCGGGGGCCGGGGACAACCCCCGGCCGACGGUCUUCCUCUUCGACGACACUCAAAUUGUAACCGAGACCUUCCUGGAGGACGUGAAUAACAUCCUCACCAGUGGCGAGGUGCCGAACCUGUUCACCAAGGACGAGAUCCAGGCGGUGUGCGAGGAGUGCCGCGGCGCGGCCAAGCGCGCGGGCGCGGGCGAGACGGGCGACGCGCUGUACGCGUUCUUCCUGGAGCGCGUGCGCGCGAACCUGCACGUGGUGCUGUGCCUGAGCCCCGUCGGGGAGGCGUUCCGUAACCGGCUGCGCAUGUUCCCCGGCCUCGUCAACUGCACCACCAUCGACUGGUUCAUUGAGUGGCCCGCGGACGCGCUGCUGGAGGUCGCCACGAAGCUGCUGGAGGAGGAGAAGCUGGGCGCGCCCGAGGUGAAGGCCGCCAUCUGCCAGGUGUUCGUGACGGCGCACCAAUCGGUGCAGGACACGUCAGCAAAGAUGAAGGAGCAGCUCAAGCGGCAGGUCUACGUCACGCCCACCAACUACCUCGAGUUCGCCAAAGGGUAUCUCCAGCUGCUGAAGAAGAAGAACGCGGCACUGGGCCUCAACGCCGCAAAGCCGUAUCGGCAGCUGCUGAAGGAGAAGAAUGCGGCGCUGGGCGAGAGCGCGGGCAAGCUGCGCGGCGGGCUGCAGAAGCUGGACGAGACGCGCGAGCAGGUGGGCGCGAUGCAGGUGGUGUGCGUGGAGAAGAAGGUCGUCGUCGCCAAGGCCAAGAAGGACUGCGAGGAGCUGCUGGUGGAGAUCGUCACGGAGAAGCGCGCCGUCGACGAGCAGGAGCGACAGGUCAACGCGGAGGCCAGCAAGAUCGAGAAGGAGGCGGAGGAGUGCAACGCCAUCGCCACCGACUGUCAGCGCGACCUGGACAAGGCCCUGCCAGCCCUACAGGCGGCCGAGGACGCGCUGAACGUGCUGACGAAGAAGGACUUGAGCGAAGUGAAAGCGUACGCGAAGCCGCCGCCGUUGGUGGAGCUGGCGCUGGGGGGCGUCAUGACCGUGCUGAAGAAACCCACGAGCUGGGACGAGAUCAAGAAGGCGCUCGGGGACGCCAACUUCCUGGAGAAGCUGCUCAAGUACGACAAGGACCAGCUGGUCGACUCGCUGCUCAAGAAGAUCUCCAAGUUCACGAGCAACCCGGACUUCACGCCCGAGGCCGUCGGCAAGGUGUCCGCGGCCGCCAAGGGGUUAUGCCUGUGGGUUAGGGCCAUGGAAACCUACGGUUACGUCUCCAAGGAAGUGGGCCCCAAGAAGGAGAAGCUCAAGGCCGCGCAGGCGACGCUCGCCAAGAAGCAGGCCGCGCUGCAGGCCGCGCGCGACCAGCUUGCAGCGGUCCUCGCCAAAGUCGCGGCGCUCAAGGACAAGUACGACACGAGCACCGCCAGCAGAGAGGCGCUGCAGCGCGAGGCCGAAGACUUAGAAGGCAAAUUACAACGCGCGGAAAAGCUGGUCUUAGGACUGGCCGGGGAAAAGUCCCGGUGGGAAGCCAGCAUCGGAAACCUGGAGCAGCAGAUCGGGAGACUGCCCGGGGAUUGCCUCGUCGCGGCCGCGUUCCUGAGCUACGCCGGGCCGUUCCCGAGCGAGUACCGGGAGGAGCUGGUCAAGCGGACGUGGCUGGACCAGGUCCGCAAGCUGAGCAUCCCGUCGUCCGCGGACUUCGACUUCGCGCUAUUUUUGGCGAACCCGAGCGACGUGCGCGACUGGAACAUCCAGGGCCUGCCCGCCGACCAGUUCUCCACCGAGAACGGCGUCAUGGUCACGCGCGGCCGCCGCUGGCCGCUCAUGAUCGACCCCCAGGGGCAAGCCAACAAGUGGGUGAAGAGCAUGGAGGCGGGCCGUGGGCUGAAGGUGGUGGACCUGCAGAUGUCGGACCUGAUGCGCACCAUGGAGAACGCCAUCCAGUUCGGCAACCCCGUCCUGCUGCAGGACGUGCUCGAGGAGAUCGACCCCUCGCUGGAGCCCAUCCUCGCAAAGUCGUUCAUCAAAAAGGGCAACCAGGUGCUAAUCAAGCUGGGCGAUAAAGAGAUCGACUACAACCCCGACUUCCGGUUGUACAUAACCACCAAGCUCGCUAACCCGCACUACACCCCGGAGGUCUCCACCAAGGCGACCAUCGUUAACUUCGCGGUUAAGGAGCAGGGUUUGGAGGCGCAGCUGCUCAACACCGUGGUGCAGAAGGAGCGGCCCGACCUGGACAAGCAGAAGAACGAGCUCGUGGUCAAGGUUGCGACCGGGAAGCGCACCCAGGCGAAGCUGGAGGACGACAUUCUGCGGCUGCUCUCGUCUGCGACGGGCAGCCUGCUGGACAACCUGGAGCUCAUCAACACGCUGGACCAGUCCAAAACCACCUGGGAGGAGGUGAACGAGUCUCUAAAGGUCGCCGAGGAGACCGCCAAAAAGAUCGAGACCGCGGCCGCGGCGUACAAGCCGUGCGCGGUGCGCGCGAGCGCGCUCUACUUCGUGCUGAACGAGUUGGCGACCAUCGACCCCAUGUACCAGUUCAGUCUGGACGCCUACACGGACCUGUUCCACAUCUCCAUUGCGAAGAGCCCCAAAUCUGACCAGCUGCAGACGCGGAUCAAGAACCUGAACGACUUCCAUACGUACGCGGUGUACAAGUACACCGCGCGCGGGCUGUUCGAGCGGCACAAGCUGCUCCUCUCGCUCCAGAUCUGCGCGCGCAUCCUGCAGACCGCCGCGCAGAUCAACACGGAGGAGUGGCAGUUCUUCCUGCGCGGGGGCACCGUGCUCGACCGGAGCGCGCAGCCCAAGAAUCCCGCGCGCGCGUGGAUCAGCGAGCAGGGCUGGGACCACAUCAACGAGCUGGAGAAGCUGCCCCACUUCAAGGGGGUGGUCUCGAGCUUCGACAAAGAUACGAGCGACUGGGAGGCGUGGUACCGCCAAGGGGAGCCCGAGACUGCCGAGCUGCCUGGCGAGUGGGAAUCCAAGUGCAACGAGCUGCAGCGCAUGAUCUUCGUGCGCUGCCUGCGGCCCGACCGCGUCAUCUUCGCGGCCGCGACUUACGUUGCGCACAACCUGGGCCGCAAGUUCGUGGAGCCGCCGGUUCUAGACCUGGGCGAAACGUACAACGACUCGCUGCCAACCACGCCACUCAUCUUCGUGCUCAGCGCGGGGGUGGAUCCCACAGCGAACUUGCGCCAGCUGGCGGCCAACAAGGGCAUGGCGGAAAAGUUCCACGCGGUUGCGCUGGGUCAAGGCCAGGCCCCGAUCGCGACGAAACUGAUCCAAGAAGCCGUGAAAGAAGGCACCUGGGUCUUCUUGGCAAAUUGCCACUUGAUGACCAGUUGGCUUCCGACUCUGGACAAAAUCAUCGAGGGGCUGGAGGCGCAAAAGCCGCACGAGUCGUUCCGGCUCUGGUUGUCCAGCUCGCCCAAUCCCAAGUUCCCCAUCUCAAUCCUCCAGCGCGGCCUCAAGAUGACGACGGAGCCGCCCAAGGGCCUGCGCGCGAACCUGCUGCGGCUGUACGCGAGCACGAGCGAGGAGAGCUGGGCGGCGUGCCGCGCGCAGGCCAAGUACCAGAAGCUCUUCUUCGCGCUCACCUACUUCCACUCCGUGCUGCUGGAGCGCAAAAAGUUCGGCAACCUGGGGCUCAACAUCCCGUACGAUUUCAACGACACCGACUUCCAGGUGUCGGACGACCUGCUCAAGACGUACCUGGACGAGUACGACGAGACGCCGUUCGACGCGCUCAAGUACCUCAUCGCGGAGGCCAACUACGGCGGCCGCGUCACCGACGAACUAGACCGGCGCGUGCUCGCGAGCUACCUGGACCAGUUCUACUGCCCCGAGGCGCUGUCCACGCCCGCGUACCCGCUGUCCUCGCUGCCCAACUACUACAUCCCGGAUAAUGGAACCAUGCAGACGCACAAGGAGUACCUGCAGACGCUACCCGUGGUCGACCGUCCGGAAGCGUUCGGACAGCACCCGAACGCGGACAUCAGCUUCCAGAUCAACGACUCGCGCGUCGUCCUGGAGAGCAUCGUCAGCCUGCAGCCGCGCGCGAGCAGCGCCGCGGGCGGUCUCAGGCGGGAGGACAUUGUCAUGGCCAUUGCAACAGAUCUGCUGUCACAGGUCCCGGAGCCCAUGAACCUGGAAGACGUCCAGAAGUUCAAGAAGGACGACCCCUCCGCCCUCCACGUGGUUCUCUUCCAAGAGAUCGAGCGUUACAACGCCCUUCUACGUAACGUGCGCGCGAGCUGCGCCAACCUGCAAAAGGGGAUCAAGGGUCUGGUCGUCAUGUCCUCCGAUUUGGACGACAUUUUCGCAGCGCUCUUCGACGCGAAGGUGCCGCCUGCGUGGCUCAAGUGCUAUCCCUCGCUUAAGCCCCUCGGCCCCUGGACGCGCGACCUGGUCGCGCGCGUCGGCACGCUGCGCGCGUGGGCUGAGGGCACGUACCCCAACGUCUACUGGCUGUCCGGCUUUACGUACCCGACCGGGUUCCUAACCGCGGUUCUGCAGACCACCGCGCGGCGCAACGCGAUCCCGAUCGACACGCUGGGGUGGGAGUUCUCGGUCGUCGCGCGGCACGAGAAGGAGAUCACCGAGCCGCCCAAGGAGGGCGUUUACAUCAAGGGCAUGUACCUGGAAGGCGCGGGGUGGGACUACGACAGCAACUGCCUGUGUGAACCGGAGCCUAUGGAGCUGAUCGUACCCAUGCCGAUCAUGCACUUCAAGCCGGUGGAGAAUAAGCGCAAGACGGCCAAGGGAGUGUACGCGUGCCCGCUGUACAUGUACCCGCUGCGGACGGGCACGCGCGAGCGUCCGAGUUAUAUGAUCAGCGUGGAUCUGCGGGCCGGGACAGUAGACGCGGAUCAUUGGAUCAAAAGGGGGACGGCGCUGUUGCUGUCGCUCGCAACGUAG